GGCUGGCCCGAUUGCCUCGGCGUGUACGGGAGAGAUGGCGUCGGGCGUCUGCCGGCAAAUCGAUCAGGCCCUGUCAUUCAGUUCUACUGUUGGUGUGCGUCCCUAGUGGCGGCACAUCGCGAGUGUCAUCGCCAUGUCGUACUUCGAGCUGACUGUCGGCUGGGGACAGCUCGAAACUUCGAGGCGAAAGGGCGCAUUGGCGGUAGACGGAUUGCGCCCCAGACCGGAGGAAUGACGACCCGGGACUCGGGCCGGUGUGUGAUGAGGCGGGCUCGCGGGCUCGCAGACUCGUCAGCUCACGAGCUCGCCCAAUUGUUUGCACUUCCACUCGAGCGGCCGAUCGAGCCAACCAAUCAGGCGACCGCCUCUGCGAGCAGAGCAAGGCAGGAGAGGCCAGAACGGGGCAGAAAAGGGCAGGGCUGGGCAGGGCAGGGCAGGCAGCAUCGAUCGAUCACGUCGUAUCACUGGCUCGCCGACCUCAUUUUACUGCUGUCGGCCCCGCCAGAUGGCCGCCAGCCUGGCUAG